UUGCAGGUGCGUAUGCUUUCGUCUUUGGUGUUCUUGUGUCUGGAGAUCAUCGUACUGAUGGUGGUGCCUGCAGUAGGUUCAACAGAGGUUGGAGCGAUGGUAACCAUCCUCAUUGCAGGUUUUAUUUCAGGAUCAGGGAAAUCAGUGUUUGAGGCGACAGCAUACGGGCUAUUUAGCGCGUUUCCUCAUCGAUUCUUGGCUUGCUUGAUGGGAGGUGCAGGAGUGGCUGGAGCGCUAACCUCUAUCUUGCAGAUCAUUGUGAAGGUUGCGAUGCCUCAGGACUAUGAGGGCAUUAGUCUCCAGUCCAAG